AUGUCAUCGGCAGCGUACAAGGCUUCCGUGGCCAUUGCCAUCUUCUUUCUCACCUCAAUUCUAGUCAUCUUUACGAUUCUACAGCGGGUUCAACCCUUACCCUUUAUCGAUGAAGUGUUUCACAUUCCACAAGCGCAAAAGUACUGUGUGGAUAAUAAUUUCAGUUCAUGGGACAACAAAAUCACCACUCCGCCCGGUCUCUACUUGGUCUCCUACGCCAUCAUUCGACCAGUUGGCGCUCUCUUUGGCGUUCCACAUGCAAUUGCCUGUUCUGUCAACAACCUCCGUCUGGUCAACGUCCUUUUCUCCGGCUGCAACUUUAUGAUCAUCUGGGCGAUGUUAAAGUCUAAACUGGCGGUGAACAGAGACAGCGGUGGCAGUCUUGAGAUUUUACUUCAAGCAAUUGCAGUAUCACUUUUCCCGCCGUUCUUUUUCUUUUCCUUCCUCUACUACACUGACGUCGGAUCAAUGUUUACUAUCUUGCUUGUCCAGUGGUCAGCAAUGAAGGGCCAUCACAUGUUUGCUGCCAUUGCUGGCUUUGCAUCGCUUUGGUUUCGUCAAACUAACAUCGUCUGGCUUUUUCUGACCGCUGCUUUUUGCUGUCUUAACAUCACUUAUAAUCUCAUCGAAGACUACCAACGUGGUCGCAAGUGCGAGUUUUUCUUGCUUGGUUUCACCAAAAACUUCCCCUUGCGCGAGUGUCACCUCAAAAACUGGCGUUAUUGUCUCUGUUUGCUCUACGAUUUUACCAUAUCUGUUUUGUCUACCUGUGGUGGCUAUGUUCUCAACGGAAUUCUUUUUGUUGGUUUUCUCUAUCUCAAUGAAGGCAUCGUUCUUGGUGAUCGUUCAGCCCACCUGCCAGUGUUUCAUGUGGCACAGAUUCCCUAUUUUCUCAGCUUUGUCACCUUCAUCGGAGCACCGGUAAUCUUCACAAUGGAAAAUGCUCGCCACUUUUAUCGUCUUGCUGGCACAACUCGAGGCGCUAUUCUCUUUCUCCUCUCCUCCACGUCGCUCUAUUUGGCGCUAUCUGACCGCUUUCGCUACGUGCACCCGUAUUUAAUCGCCGACAAUCGGCACUAUGUUUUCUACAUCUGGCGUCGUAUCUGGUCCAAUGAGGCCUAUCCAGAGCUGCGAACAUGGCCAAUACCACUGUACAUCUUCACGAUGGUCUCCAUGUGGCACUCGGUAGAGUUUGUGCCGCAACCGGUGGUCAGGCCGUCUUGGGGCAGUCCUCGCAAGAACACCGCCGCCAUCGCCGUCUCUCUGAGGGCCACGCAGCAUGUUCUCGCCAAGCUGCUCUUCAGCCUGCUCAUCAUUGUGACCAUUGUGCCCCAGCAGCUGCUGGAAUUGCGCUACUUCAUCGUCCCCUACCUUCUCUGGCGACUGCACCUCAAGAAGCCCUCAACCCGAUGGACGAUCUUCUUUGAGCUCGCCUGGGCGCUGCUCAUCAACGCUGCCACUCUGUACAUCUUUGCCACACGGACUAUCAAAUACUCUGACGCUGAGCCGCACUCCCGGAUCAUCUGGUGA